GAGAGUGGACCUGUUAGCUCAGACCUGUCGUCUGCCGGUGCUUUAAACUGUCCUUUCUGUGGAUUUUCUUCUGACACCUCCUGGAGAAGGCACCAAUUUAUCUGUGUCACCUAAAGGAUUUUUUCUCCAUCUAAAGGAAUUUUUCAUUGGCUGGGACAGAGUAUCCCAGCUAACUGGGCUAACUGGUCGAUGCUUCCUGUCCUGUUCUGAAGGUUCUGGCCGUCAUCUCAAACCAGCAUCAUCUUCCACAAGCCUGAAGGAGUGCAGAGGCUUGCAAUUCAAGAAGUCCUAGACUUGCAUGGAAAGAGGGAAAAUAAACACGGCUUUUAAAAGACGCUCUACAUGAAUUCCCUUAAGACCUGAAAGGCAAACACUGCAAGUUGGCUGGCGGUCCUGAGGGGGAGGCAUGUGGACAAUGAGCAUGGCUUGGCUCCAUCUCCCGGCCUGCGUUGUCCUCCUUGUUGGUUGCCUUCAUAGAGCCGCCACAGAAAACGAUGUCACUCCACGCCUCUCCUUUCCCUUCAAUGCAAGAGAGAGGACAACAAGGAGUUUCUCAGUCAACGGGGUCUUAAACUACACGUCCCUGCUCCUCAGUAAAAAAGACAACAUGCUUUACAUCGGCGCUCGAGAGACCCUCUUUGCUCUCAACCUCUCUGAUAUCAGCACGACCAAGCUACAGAGAAAUCUCACAUGGAAAACUCCAGAGAAGAAGAGAGAGGAGUGCAGCUUUAAAGGCAAAGACCCGAAGACGGACUGCUUCAACUACAUAAAGAUAUUACUGCGGUUGAACAGCACUCAUCUGUAUGUAUGUGGAACAUACGCCUUCAGCCCCACCUGUGCCUACAUAAACACUUCAGACUUCUCCCUCAUCAAGAGUGACACUGGUGAGAUUGUAACAGAGGAUGGACGAAACCGCUGCCCAUUCAACCCUGAAUACAAGUCCACAGCCAUCAUGGCGGAUGGAGAGCUGUACGCUGGUACAGUCAGUAAUUUCCAAGGAAAUGAACCCGUGAUUUACAAGAGUCUCAGCCAAGGAACUGCUCUAAAAACAGAAAACUCACUGAACUGGCUCCAAGACCCAGCCUUUGUUGGCUCUGCCUACAUCCAGGAGAGCCUGCCCAAGGGCAACCUAGUGGGUGAUGACGAUAAGAUUUACUUCUUCUUCAGUGAAGCAGGAAAGGAGUUUGAUUUCUUUGACAACACCAUUGUGUCACGCAUUGCUCGUGUGUGUAAGGGGGACACUGGCGGCGAGAGAGUUCUGCAGAAGAAAUUUACAACCUUCUUGAAGGCUCAACUCUUGUGCUCUCUGCCCGAUGACGGCUUCCCCUUCAAUAUAAUCCAAGACAUGUUUGUGCUGACACCCAGCCCCGAGGACUGGAAACACACCGUGUUUUAUGGAGUCUUUACGUCUCAGUGGUAUAAAGGUGCUUCAGGAAGCUCUGCAGUUUGUUCCUUCACUAUGGACCAGGUUGAGAGGGCGUUCAGUGGGCGAUACCGUGAAGUCAAUAGAGAAACUCAACAGUGGUACACAUACAACCAUCCAGUACCCGAGCCAAGACCUGGAGUGUGCAUCACAAAUGCUCUGAGGGAACAGGGCAUUUCCUCCUCGCUGCACAUGCCGGACAAGGUGCUGAAUUUUGUCAAAGAUCACUUCCUGAUGGAUAGCGUCAUCCGCAGCCCGCCUCUCCUUCUAAAGCGUAAUAUUCGAUACACACAGAUUGCUGUCCAUCUUGUCAAGGCUGCAGAAAAGGCCUAUCAUGUGCUAUUCAUUGGCACAGAUGAUGGCAGACUUCAUAAAGCGAUAAACGUCAGGAACAAGAUGCACAUCAUCGAGGAGAUGGUCCUCUUCAACAGCUCUCUACCAGUGCAGCACAUCGAGCUGGACACCGAAAAGGGUCGGCUUUACGUUUCCUCUUUCUCUGAACUGGUGGAGGUCCCAGUUGCUAACUGCACAAACUAUCAGAGCUGUGGGGAGUGCAUCCUCUCCAGGGAUCCUUACUGUGCCUGGAAUGGGAAGCAGUGUGUGGAUGUCAGAAAGGCCGCUUCGAGCAAUGCCUGGCAGCAGGAUGUAGACGAGGCAGACACAUCAGCUAUUUGCAACAAAACAGUGCCAAGCCCACGGUUUGCUAAACCUCCACCUACACGGAUAUCUUCAUGCCAGGUGAUCAUUAUCCCAGCCAACACAUUCAAAGUCCUACCUUGCAAGCUGCGCUCUAAUUUGGCUGAAAGAAAGUGGGAGUUCAGUGAGAGCGCAGGUCACUUCCAUUACCCCAGCCCAGAGGGGGGGCUAGUAGUGGUGGCUCAAGCUGACAGGCAGGAAACCUACGAGUGCUGGUCAGUGGAGGAAGGCUUCAAACAGCUGCUGGCUAACUACUGCGUGAGGGGCGAGGCCAGGCAGGAGAGCACCACCCUGAAAGGCCGCUCACGUACGCCACAGAUCUCCCAGGAGGAGUUUAUCAUCCUGCCAGGAGAAGCACGAUCACCGCAGAUCAACACAAAGACCUACUGGAAUGAGCUGAUAGUGGUGUGUGCCCUCCUGGCGUUUUCUCUGCUCGUCUUCUCUCUGUUUGUGGUCUACAGGCACCGUGACCACAUGAAGUCCAUACUAAAGGAAGGAGAAUGCCCCAACAUGCAGCAGAUGAAGCCCAGAAUAGUGGGAGGGAAACCAGCUGAGAACUUGCCGUUAAAUGGCAGCACAGUCACAGCAUCGGUGUCAGACCACAAGGGCUACCAGACCCUUAAUGACAACUACAUCUGCAGCACUCCACCACACGAGUGCUCGUCGCCCGACAAUAGCAAGAGUUUCUCCGAGUCAGAAAAGAGGCCUCUGAACUUGAGAGAGAGCCAUGUAGAGAUCUCUCCCACAUGCCCACGGCCACGAGUCAGACUGGGCUCUGAGAUUAAAGACUCGAUAGUGUGAAACAGGCUCCAUGUAAUGUGGAGUGACUCAUUUUAAACUGAAGGGAAAGAGUGCACUUGCUGAGGAAGACAAAAGCCUAUAAGAGAGGAAACUGAGGAACACCAGACUCUAAAUGGAGAGAUAUUUCAUUACACAGAUUUGCACUUUUUUUUGUUCUGUCCCUGUGGUCCAUGUACAUUUCUUUUUAUGUUCCUCUCACUCCCUCUUAAUCGAGUGCAUUCAAAGCACACAGAAGAUCCAAUUUGCCUUCAGACUUUUUCACGCACGGCUCACGAGAAUGUAUCAAGCGUAGGGUGUAGGUGUCCAGACCACAGUUUAGUGGUUGAAUUUCACAGCCAACCAGUCCGUCCAUAAAAUCUACUGGCAAUGCUUUGAAAGUUAGUGUGAGAUUCAAACCUGUUCCCCCUCUGUCAUAUGGUAAGAGCCUACCCAUCGCUGAGGCUAUGCACUAUGUACUGUUUUGUAGCAAAGUAAACACUCACACCAGAAUAUACAAAACAUCCAGUGACAGGUAAGACAAAAAAAGUGUCCUGUCAUAGAUUUUAUAGAUAGCCUGUGUGCAUUCACAGAUAUAUAUAUAUAUACUCAUUGUUUAAGCUUAAAUAUAACACAGCAACAAAGAAUGAUAAGAGAAUAAAGUAAAAAGAACACAUCACCUCAGUGGAAAUGUUGCAGAAACUCUUACCACUUCAGUCACAAUACACCAAAAAUCUUGUGUACGUAUAUACAAAGACAGGCUAUUUUUUCUAUGAUUAUUGGUAUUAUUAGCUGGUACGGAUAUUCCUCCGGAGGCCCGACUUUCUACAGGGUUUUCUGUCACCAAAUGUAAAGGGAAAAAUCUCAUUCCAGGUAUUCUCAUUAGAUAGGCAGUCUAUGCAAAGCAAACAAUGUGAAGAGGUCAACACCAUGACAGCCUCUCCUUGAGACAGAGUUAGCUUAGAGAUGUUUGUUUAGGAUUGGCAGCACACCCAUGCACACAUACUGCUCAUCACAGUAACUCUACGUAUGCAACAGAUUUUAGCCAUUUUUGGGGUGUUAUAGGGAGGAAGAUAGAGACAUUUGUCGUUGUCAUUCAUUAAGGUGUCAUACUGUAUAAUCAUCACGGUUUUUAAAGGGAAGUAUAAUAUUUCAAUACUGCACCUACUCAUAAUAAUCAUAAUUUGACACAAAUAACACAUAUAGAAUCAGCUUUAUUAAGAAUAUUAAUUGAUGAAGUCAAAGGUAGAGAUACCCUCCGUUUGGUUACAUGGUCUUAAAGUCAACCACAAAGGCAAUAAUAAUCAUUCCCAUCCUGCAUUGAAACAUCAUCUUGACUAGCCAUCUCAUUGUUCAGAAAUAGUAACUUGAUUGCAUACAAUACUUUGUAAGUCUUAUAUGAGUGUGACUCUAGUGUUGUAAUGCAGCCUGUAAAAUUGAAAAAUCACAAAAAGGCAGGAAGGCAUUCUUGCUUGACUCAGAAAGCAUUGGAUUUGCACAUGAUGCUGAAAAGCCUUAGUAUAAUGCAGGUUCUGGAUUUGAUAAGAAACCUGCCUUGAGGUAAAUGAAUAAUGCCUUCUGAAAUAAUAAUCAAGAGAUGUGCCUCUUGGGAUUAUAAAACCAACCAGGUAGUACUGCUGUCGAGUCAAAUGCUAUACUUCAGGUGUGACAGGGCUGCUUGUGCUCAGAAACAGGAAUGAAAACAUGGAAAACAUGUAACUGAAUACUGUCAAGAUUGUACAGUAUGUGCUCAUGGCGUGUUUUAUUUUAUCUUAUGUUAUGGCGGCUUCAGCAUCUGUCAGGGAUGUGAUUUUAUUCUAAAACUGUAGCACAUAAAUAACCACUGGUUGAUUUGUUUUUUUUCCGAGUAUUGAAUUAAUGAGUAUUACUUUACAUUUCUUUUAAGUGGCACUGCAAAAAUGACGUGAAUUUUCAAGACUGGUCAGCUAUAAUCAAUCACACGUCAUGACAGACUCAUGCUCCGACUGUUAUUAAAAACAAACAAAUGGCAGCUUUUGUGAAGUGGCUCUCAUCCGAACAAUACUCAAUUGACAUGCAGAACAAAUAUUUAGUGGCAUUGAUUAUUAGUCAAAUUUGUGCAGGUACUGCUUUUAUUUGAAUACAAGCCGAAAUAAUAACGCCACAGUGAAAGUAUUGUCGUCUGCUCUAUCUUAAUAAACCACUGUAGUCUGGCCUUCUGUUUGUGACAGUACAAGUUGCUCGGACUCUUAUCAACAUGUAUUGUAAGUAAAAGUUUUUAUGUAAAAUUGUUUUGUAAAUUCAGCUGCCAAUGUAAAAAAUAUUAUGAAAUGUAUUUUUUGUAUCAUACAUCACUACUGUUUUUCUUUUUUGUAUUGUAUAUAAAAAGCACUUUAUUUUAAUUUUUCAAAUAAAGAUCAAAUGAAUAAUU